CAGGACCAAUUCUUGGCUCUGGAGGAUUUGAGAUGCACGGUUGAUCAUCAUCUCGGAGGUUGGGAUUUGUGAUUCAUAAAUAUGCUUAAUUCUUCCCACCGGUUCCGAGCUCCAGUCUACAUUCCAGAGCUACCUCAUCUCUACUUCGAAUAUUCACCUGCAAGCAAAAUGUCUUUCCUCGCCAACAUAUUCACUGCGCUGACUUGCCUUUUGGCUGUCGCUGGCGCUGUACCUACAGCACUACCCCGCGCAAGUGGCAACUGCCCCUCCACUGGAAAGGCAACCCGCCAGGAGCCUUCAGCCCUGUACAGCGUAUUCCCCGGCUCGCCCGACGUCGCGAAAAAGUCCGUCGGCUUCAACGUCGCGACGUACAACAACGCAUCCCAGAUCGAACAGCUCCUCGUCUUCACGGACAUUCCCGCUGAGGCUAAGAAGUGCACUCUUGGUUGGGCGCAGGGCGAGCAACCCGAGCGUCUCUUCAUCGUCAAGGGAGGAGAUGCCUUGACCGAGUUCAAGCAGCUCUCUGGCUUCCCCAGCAAGGGCGUCACCUACAAUACCGCGAAGGAGUUUGACACUGCUGGUGAAUCUGUCGGCGCAGCUGAUUUCACCAACUGGGAUGACUUGCCUGCGCAGACCCAUAUUGUUGGUAACAUCGACUGCAAAAGCACCGUCUACCUCAAGGCCGCGCUGCGAAACCCCAACGGCAACACAAAGGUGUUUCUCGAGCAGAGCGACAAGAAUGGCGUGUACAUCGAGUACAGCUGCUAAACGACUCAUUGGAUUAGCAUUGGAUUGAAAUCAUUAUGGACUUUUCACUUCUCAAUAAUACUUUUAGGGAUACGGGGAUUUAUCUGCAUGGAAAUUGGACACGGGCAUUUGGCGGCGAGAGAUUAGACGACGGCUCACUGAAGCCUAUGACAUGUUACGACACACAAACUCGACUAGAUAGACUUAAUCAAUUGGAAAAACCCAGAUAUCAAAUAAAAUUUAUUUUCCCAACCG